AUGACCGCUGAUAAAUCAUAAAUCUAAAGUUUGUUAAUAAAUAGUCCAGAAUUAACGAAUCAACGAUACUUUUACUAUUUUAUUUGCGACACGUGUAAUCAUUGUAAUGGUGGCAUGGUUAGUAGGGCAGCAAUAAUUUGUACAGUGCUGUGUUAUUAUACAUUAUUGUGUAAUGUGAACUGAACAAAAAUUGUGUAAAAUCAAACUUGAUUUACAACUGUACAGUGCACUGGAAUGGUUUAUUUAUAAUCAUUAUUGCGUGUAGCGUGAUCCCAGGUUGCUUUUCAUAAAUUAAUAAUUCUGUACAAGUUGAGAUCUAAAUAAACAUCAUGUCUAUACAAUGGACUUUUAUAGCCGGCUAUUUAUAUUUCGAGAUUGCUAUCGUCAUAAUUAUGAUACUGCCGAUAUUUAGCCCUCGGCGAUGGUAUAACUUCUUCCGUUCCCGUUUGUUUUCUAUGUUCAGAGAACAUGCAGCUGUGUACUUCUAUGUCCUGUUGGGAGUAUUGGCCUUGUUCCUCCUAGAUGCUGUUAGAGAAAUGAAAAAGUACUCGCACUCAUCUGAUCAUGUUCAUCUGGCGAGCGAAAUGAAGGGCAAUGUUAAGCUGUUUAGAGCCCAAAGAAACUUUUACAUCACUGGCUUUGCAAUAUUCUUAGCUUUUGUGAUAAAGAGGCUGGUCACUAUGAUUAUCAUUCAGUAUGAGCUUCAGUUGAAGGCUGACGCGAUCAUUAAGAAAGCGGAUGAGACGGUGAAACAAGCCAAGACUGCUGUACUGGCAAACACAAUUCAAGAUGGAAUGGACCUACACAAAGAAAAUGAGGACUUGAAAAAUGAAAUCGCCACAAAAAAUUCCAUGCUAGAGGAGCAGAAAAUGAGAAUUAAAGAGUUGGAAGAAGAAACAAUUAUGUUGAAAGCAAAGUAUGAGGACAUAAGGAAUGGAGAAGGAGAUAACUAACAAGGAUCAGAGAGAGAUUAAUUAUAAUUUAUGACUGUGAUUAUAAAUAAUGGUGCUUGAUCUCAAUCAGAUAAUGGACAUUAAAGUUUAUGGAAGUCAUAAGAAGA